ACUGACAAGCGAACGGCAACAGAAUUAAAAUUUUCGUUGUCAUAGUUUUUUCAUUACAGUAAAAUGAGUUAAUAAUAUAUUUUAAUUUCACUAGAACAAUAAAAAUGUUACCUCGAAUACUAAGUCUGAAUGCAUUAAAACGAAUGUUGAUGGUCGACCGUCAGUUCGUGCGUUAUGCAAGUGUUGUAAUGUGCAACAACGGUAGAGCGUGCCCACCACAAGGCAGACAUACUUCAUCGACACCAGCUGUAUCCCUCGUGUAUAUGCCAGUGCGCUAUAGACGGUUUGCCAAUAAGCAUCAUAGCAACAAAGACGACGAUGCCGUUGAUGGUGACGACAAGCAGAACGCCAGAGUCGUGGGCGAGAACAAAGCUGAUGAUGAUACAAUGGUAGCUACUAUUCAAGUGCCGGAAAACUUACCUUAUUUGCCGAUGGUGGCAAUACCGAAGCCUCCGUUGUAUCCUAGGCUUUUUAGAAUUGUCGAGAUAAGUGAUCCAAAACUGAUAGCGUUAAUUAAGAGGAAAAGAACUUUGGGUCUACCUUACAUCGCUCUGUUUAUGAGAAAAGACACAGUGGCCACCGCAAAUGUAGUAAAUAACAUUGAUGAAGUGUAUGAAAUUGGGACUUUAGGAAGAAUUAACGAAAUGCGAGAAUUCAACAACAAAUUACACAUGCUUAUACAAAGUUUCAGAAGGAUUAAAUUGACAAAACCUUAUUUUGAAGAUCAAGAUAUCGAUAAAGUUACAGGUGAUUUGAAUCGACGUAGUAAAAAACAAGCUCGUCUUAAAGGUGUAACUAACACACAAGAAGCGACAGAAUCUAAUCAAGAAACGGACAAAAUUCAGCAAGAAGUGCUGAUGGUCGAAGUAGAAAAUAUAAAAGAUCAACCUUUUGAAACUACAUUGGAAGUUAAAGCACUUUCUCAAGAAAUUAUUAAAACCAUUCAAUCGAUAAUCAGUAUUAAUCCUAUAUAUAGGGAAAUAUUACAUCCAAUGUUACAACACGGUAAUGUAGCCAAUGAUCCAUCAUACUUAUCUGAUGUUGCUGCUGCCAUAACUGAAUGUGAAACUAAAGAAUAUCAAGACAUUUUAGAAGAAACUGAUGUCCCUAAACGCCUUCGACUAUCUUUGGGAUGCCUGAAAAAACUUUUAGAACUCAGCGAAAUUCAAAUCAAGAUUAGUAAAGAAGUAGAUGAGAAAGUAAAACAACAACAUCGAAAAUUUAUACUUCAGGAACAACUUAAAGUUGUAAAAAAAGAACUGGGCCUAGAAAAAGAUGACAAAGACUCCAUUGUAGAAAAAUUCAGAGACCGAAUUAAAGAUAAAAAAGUACCACCAAAAGUUAUGGAAGUAAUUGAAGAAGAGUUGACUAAAUUAUCAUUUUUAGAACAACAUUCUUCUGAAUUCAAUGUCACUAGAAAUUAUCUAGACUGGCUCACACAACUACCAUGGGGUGCUACAAGUAAUGAGAAUUUUGAUUUAGACCGUGCAUCGAAAAUACUAGACGAAGAUCAUUACGGAAUGGAAGACAUUAAGAAACGUAUUCUCGAAUUUAUUUCUGUCAGUAAAUUGAAAGGCACAACUCAUGGGAAAAUAAUAUGUUUCCAUGGACCACCUGGUGUCGGCAAAACAAGUAUAGCAAAGUCAAUUGCAAAAGCUCUAAAUCGAGAAUAUUUCAGAUUUAGCGUAGGAGGUAUGACUGAUGUCGCUGAGAUCAAAGGCCAUCGUAGAACAUACGUGGGUGCUAUGCCGGGUAAAAUGAUACAAUGUCUUAAAAAAACUUCUACUGAAAAUCCACUUGUGUUAAUUGAUGAAGUUGAUAAAAUUGGAAGGUCUGCGUCAUCGGCUCUGCUAGAAAUGCUUGAUCCAGAACAAAAUGCCAACUUCCUAGAUCACUAUUUAGACGUGUCUGUAGAUUUAUCAAACGUGUUGUUUAUUUGCACCGCUAAUGUUAUCAACACAAUUCCAGAGCCUCUACGAGAUCGAAUGGAACUCAUAGAUGUUUCUGGAUAUGUGGCCCAAGAAAAAAUGGCAAUUGCCAAACAGUAUUUAAUUCCUCAGGAACUAAAGGCCACCGGAUUGACUGUUGAACAAAUAGAUAUUGUUGAUGAAAGUUUGUCAACUCUUAUAAAAUUUUACUGCCGUGAAAGUGGUGUCCGAAAUCUUCAAAAACAUAUCGAAAAAAUACUAAGAAAAGUUGCGUAUAAAAUUGUUAAAGGCGAAGAAGAAAAAGUGACUGUUUCUAAAGACAAAUUAAAUGAUUUUGUUGGUAAUCCAGUGUUCACUAAAAACAGAAUGUAUGAAAAUCCUGAACCGGGAGUUGUUAUGGGUUUAGCUUGGACUGCCAUGGGAGGUACAAUGAUGUAUAUUGAAACGGAAUGGACCAAAGAUCCUAAAACCGUGACUGAAAAAGAUAAAGCGGUGGGUUCCAUUGUGCUUACCGGUCGUUUAGGAGAAACUAUGCAAGAGUCCGCCAAAACCGCAUACACUGUAGCAAAAAAAAUAUUAAACAAUGUCGAUCCAAAAAAUGUAUCGCUAUCGAUUGGCAAUGUGCAUCUACAUGUUCCUGAGGGUGCGACACCCAAAGAUGGACCUAGUGCCGGCUGUACAAUUGUUACAGCACUACUUUCGUUAGCGUUGAACAAACCCGUUUUUAAAAAUAUAGCAAUGACUGGUGAAAUUUCGCUCAAAGGAAAAAUAAUGCCAGUCGGCGGAAUCAAGGAAAAAACUAUAGCCGCGAAAAGGGAAAAUAUUAACUGUUUGAUAUUUCCUGAAGAAAACAAAAAAGACUUUGACGAACUACCAAAGUAUAUAACCGAAGGACUAGAAGUACAUUUUGUUUCCUAUUAUAAGGAAAUCUAUGACAUAGUGUUUAAAAAUAAAUCAAAUUAAAUUCAAAUUGUUAUAUUAUCGUGCAGGUUUUAUUGGAUUAAGUAACCUGAUGUUUUCCAUUACGUCUUAAGAUUUCUUUUUUAUGUUAUAAAUACUUGUAUAUACUGUCUGUUAUGUGCUGUAGUUAUUUGUUUUUUUAUUAUUAAAGAUUGAUAAAUAUUUAAUAGAUUUCUUGUACAAAACGGCUAACAUUUUCUCAUCGAAAUAAAAUAUUUUUUUAAUUACAA